AAUUUAAUUUUAGAAUUAAUAAAGCUUUACUUAUAUUGAAAUGAUACCCAAACCCAACCCUUAUCGAAUCCGCAACCAGGCCCAAAAACUUUGAAACUCUAGAAACUCUACACAGCCCUCUCUCUCACGUUUCUCUCCGUCAAUCCAGGUUCUUGACGAAAUCGAACAAUUUUUUCUUGGUUUCUUCUCCUCUCCAAGAGAUCGAAGUAGAGUGACAUCAAGAAUAGACAGAGAUGGGACAGAUUCAGUACUCUGAGAAAUAUUUCGACGACACUUACGAGUACAGGCAUGUCGUUCUUCCUCCUGAAGUGGCCAAGCUGCUCCCAAAGAAUCGUCUUCUUUCGGAAAAUGAGUGGCGAGCGAUCGGAGUUCAGCAGAGCCGUGGAUGGGUUCACUACGCGAUCCACCGCCCUGAGCCACACAUUAUGCUCUUCAGGAGGCCCCUUAACUUCCAGCAGCAGCAGGAGAACCAGGCUCAGCAACAGAUACUCGCCAAGUGAAGAAUUUUCUUGAUUCUCUCUCAAUCUUUUCAUCUAGAAAAGAAGACAGGGUUAGGGUUUCUGAAUAUGUUAAUGUUGGAUGGUACUGUAAUUCUGUCCCAUUGUGGAUUUCUUGUUGGGUUUCUUCUUAAUGGCUUCAUUUUCCGCAGUGGGAUUUAAGCAAUUCCUGACAUUAUUGUUAGUUUUUGGUAUUUUAGGGUUUCAUUCUUGGUUCUUAAAUCUUAUGGUGUGGAGUCUUCGUUUCA